UUGAAAGAUCAUAUUAGGGAUGAACAUGAGGACACCAACCGAGCCCUUGAUUUUGGCUUCAAUGAUUUUGACAAUUUGUUUGUGUAUGAGUACUACUCCAAAGGCUUGUUCUUCACAGGGGGAUCCACCCGGUAGUGGAUCAGUUCCUGGUUUCUUCAUAUUUGGAGAUUCUUUAGUUGAUAAUGGGAAUAACAAUGGGUUGCUUACGCUUGCCAGAGCCAAUUAUAGGCCUUAUGGUGUUGAUUUUCCUCAGGGUACCACUGGCCGCUUCACUAAUGGUCGAACUUUUGUUGAUGUCUUAGCUCAACUACUGGGGUUUAGGACAUUUAUUCCUCCAUACAGUAGAACUCGAGGAAGAGCCCUUCUAAGAGGAGCCAACUUUGCAUCUGGUGCAGCUGGAAUUAGAGAUGAGACUGGAAACAAUUUGGGUGCUCAUUUAUCAAUGAACAACCAAGUGGAGAAUUUUGGGAGGGCAGUGGAAGAAAUGAGUAGGUUUUUCAGAGGAGACACUGAAGCAUUGAGUUGCUAUUUAAGCAAAUGCAUUUUCUAUUCAGGAAUGGGAAGUAAUGACUAUCUCAACAAUUACUUCAUGACUGAUUUUUACAAUACCAAAUCUCAAUUCACCCCUCAAGCUUAUGCCUCUUCCCUUCUUCAAGAUUAUGAUCGCCAACUUAGGCAAUUGUAUCAACUUGGAGCUCGAAAAGUAGUUGUGACCGGGGUGGGGCAGAUUGGUUGUAUUCCUUACGAGCUUGCUAGAUAUCAAGGUAAUAGUAGUCGUUGCAACGAAGAGAUCAAUGGUGCGAUUGCCCUUUUCAACUCGGGCCUCCGCAAGCUUGUUGAUCGUUUCAACAGUGGUCGUGUUCUUCCUGGUGCUAAGUUUGUGUACCUUGAUACCUACAAGAGCAACAUCGACUUGAUUGAAAAUGCCUCCAAUUAUGGGUUUACAGUGGUAGACAAGGGAUGUUGUGGAGUAGGAAGAAACAAUGGACAAAUAACAUGUUUACCACUUCAGCAACCAUGCCAAGAUCGAAGAGGCUAUUUGUUUUGGGAUGCAUUUCAUCCAACUGAGGAUGCAAAUAUUGUGUUGGCUAAGAUGGCAUUCACAUCCCCUUCAAGAGCCUAUGCAUAUCCCAUCAACAUUCAACAAUUAGCAAUGUUGUAAUAUUAAUUUACCCAAACCACACACCCUAUGUCGUGUCAUUGUCUAUGUUUGGGAUUAACUCAGUUAUUGUAUUCUCUUUAAUUACUUGUUGGUUUCUAUAAUUAUAUAUGCAUGUCAACAAAUAAUAAUCCAUCUAAAGUUUCUUU